AUGACCAUCUCGACAUUGUUGCUUCUAUGUAGCUUCUUCUCCGAGUUUUUCCCUUCAAGCGGCCAGGUUUCUUCGCGGACGGUUUUUGCCGUGCAGUUUGAUGUUUCUGUGGAUCCCACUGCGGCCACGCCACAGGAGUACUUCACCGCCCUGCAGGAAGCCUUCGCUGAUGCGGCCACCAUAUCAGGUGGCGAUGGUGGCUCUGCAGGUGGCGACGGUGGCUCGGCAGGAGCUGGCGGUGUCUCCGACGCCCUGGGCUCGCAGUUCCUGUCUCUCAGGCCCGUGAUAGUCCGGGCCUUCGACUUACGUGUGGAAGUAGAAGACGACGGAGAGAGCCGCCUCAUGGCGCCCAUUGCACGCUUGACAUGCUCAGCCGCUUUCGUGGCUUUUGCAGCUGCUUGCGCCGAAGUCCUCCAGCCCACACUGCUGAGACGCCAGGAGGUGGAACCUGAAUUGGUGGAGGAGCUUCUGUCCGGCCCACGCCACGCUCACAGACACAAGAAGGGCUCCCGUGAGCAGCGCCAUGGUGUGAAGCAUCACGCCAUCAGCCACCUCAAGGUGAACCAGACCGCAAACCAGAACCAGGGCAAGGACAUCCCGGUCUGUGGCGCCGACUACACUUGUGACGAGAAGCGGACGAAGUCCCUCGGAAACUUUGCCAAGAAACACCUGGCCGUCUACACCUACAACAUCGGCUCCUACGAGGGUGGCAUGCGGGAGAAGAACAUUCCCUGCGUUCCUCAGAAUGUAGAUGCCUUUCUGUUCCUCGACCACGACACAUGGGAGCGCUCGAACCAGAGCUCGCUGGGUGUUUGGAAGAGGAGGGGCUGGCAGAUCAAGUCAAUCUCUCUUCAAGCUGGAACGGAGUUUGUGACGGGUGCCAGGCUGACGUCGAAGCUUUUAAAAUUCACACCACCGUCGUGGCUAUUGAAUGGACAGUGGGAUUGGCUCGUGGAAUUCGAUGGGAAUGUUGUCCUGGAUUUGAUGCGAGUUGGUCCCUUCCUGGACAAGUACUCGCUUAAACCUUUGCUACUCUUGGAUUGGAGCUAUCAUGAGAGCUGUGGCGAAGAUGGCUUUAGUUGCUUCAGCCACGAACUGAAGUCGAUGCUUCAGAACCGUCGGCAGUACAUCGAGGACUCCAAGGAGAACAUCGUGGCAUGGCAGGAAAAGCUGACGAAGGAGCAUCAAGGCUCCGUGCCGGGAACGCGCAAAUACACGCCGCCCUUUUACUAUGAAACCCGCAUCAUCUUCCGGAACCUCCGGCAUGCCAGGUCCUCGGAUGUGUCGCAGGCUUUCGGCCGCACCUACGAGAAGUGCCAUGAAAUUCAGCGGGACCAGUUCUUGCUGCCCUAUUACUUGCCCCGCUUUGAGCAGGGAACCUUCUUGGCACAAGUGGCCUUUGCGGAGAACUCCCUCACAGAGGCGCGGCACAGGCACGGUUCCUCGCUUUGGCGUGAGAUCAGCAGUUGGCAAGGCGGUGACAAUGAAGGCCAAGCAGCGAAGGGUUUGACGCACGGGACGGGUCACGGGGAUGAUCUCUCGAGUGUGCAGGUUUGUGACAUGGAGCCAUUCUGGGAGAAGGACCGGCUCUGCACUGUGUUGGGGGGCAACAGCCGGGUCAAGUUCCCGCCGGGCUGUUUCCGUCGUUGUAACAUGAAACCCGAUGAUCACAGAAAGCUCUGUCCCGUCAGCUUUUGCGGCUGGCGAGCCAGUUUCGGCCCGAUCCAAGAAUCCGAGUGA